GGUUCGCCUUCAAUCUCACGACAAGCAACGCUCUGAAGCAGCAGACCCCAAUCAAGCAAUAGUGCAAGUGUUGGAUCACAGCGACUACGAUGAACGAGUCGGUGCACAAGACCAAACGAACAGAGGAUCAGAUUGCUGAUCAAGGCAUCAUCCCUGACAAGCUGACGGGCGAGGAGUCCGGUGAAGAGGAGCCCGGGGAAGAGGAGACGGACUCAGGCUCGGAAUCAGAGCAGCAUGAGAUUAAGAUUCCUUUCAGACAACCCAUAUACUCAAGCGAUACGCGUCCGCGAUUCCCGCAAGAGCUGAUUGAGCGUUUCUGCGAACUUCUCUGGGAUGAACCGGUCCAGCUAGCGGUCAGCUGCAUGCGCAUUUGCCCUGCUUGGUAUCAUGCUGCACGGCGAAUUCUACAAGGAGAUACAAUCUUUUGGCGGACCCGAUACGACCUGCAAGACUACGCACACACACUCAUAUCACAUCAUAAUGCGCCAUAUCGCAAACGAUUCCAGCAAUUGUGGAUCUACGACCAUGCCAGCAAGCCGUUCGCGCACGUUUGGCCUAUGUUCAUUCCUGGAUCGAUGCUACCGGAGCUGUGGUCCGUGCAUCUUGUUAGCCUUGACUGGUCAACCAAGAUACCGCACGAUAGCUUCUUCAUCCACCUGUCUUCUUACACCAGUGUCUUGCACCUACAGAUUUACCGCUGCAGGUUUCGCAGUUUGCCGGAUCUUCGCAGGGUGAUCAAUGCCCUUCCCAGCCUUACGUGGCUGUAUUUUCGCAACGUAACACUACAGCACCCCCUCAGACCGGGAUCGGUCCCCGACCACAUCGCUCUCCGAGCCCGUUCACAUAAGCUCGAGCACAUUGAUCUUCGCGGUUCCGACCCCAGGCCAGAGUAUUCUGACGUGUCCUUGGACUACCAAGGAACAACGGCCCUCGAUUAUCAAUCUCUGCUGCUUCCAAUUUGCCUCGAGCCCUAUGAUCACACUCGAGGAGACCAUUCCUGCGCGUACGGAGAACACAUAUAUACACUCAUGGGAAAGCUUUACCCUUACGGACGUCCCCGAUCAAUCCGCUCUGCAGCUUCUGCAGCUGCUUGUUACCCCUGAAUCGUGCAGCAAACUGCAGGAGUUCAUAAUCUCUCUGGCAGGCCGGCCAUCUGCCACACUUCUAUCAUGUACUAGCCGUGUGCUCUAUACAUCCGGACAUCGGCUCAGGAGUCUCAGGUGGAUGUGUUCGGUGGACCCAGACCUCGAGGUCAUUCCGUCCCUCGCAGGGAA